UGGGCGGAGGGAGCCCUUGUCCCGGGACCCUGCCCCUCCCAGGGACUGCGCUGCGCCCCUGCUGGCCCUCGCUCUCCCCAAAGGUCUCCCCCAGCAUCCCCCCCCAUUAAGGCCUGGCUGCGUUCGGGCCCUUCGUGGCCCCUGGAGGAGGAGGAGGAGACCCAGGGCCCCGGGGAGGGCCCUUCUGCCGGAGCACUUCCGGUGGCCCUGGCCUUCCCAAGGGGCGCCAGAGGAGGUCAGUCUGGGCCCCUGGGGCUGGCUUCCUCAAAGCCUCAGCGCUGCAAUCCAGGGAGAGGUCUUCAUGGCCUGGGGCAUUCCGGCUUCCUCGCCAGCCCCACUUCUGCCCGGCCACUGACCGCUCUGGCAGGGCCUCCUCCGGGGCAGCCCCAGGCUUCGCCUUGCCUGCGAAAGGAGGCCUUGCUUGGGGACUGUGCCCUUAAUGGCCCCUAACGCAUGUCAGCGCUUCCAUGUGGCCUGUGCCAUCUCUGCCAUGGGGCUGAGAGGGGCCUGGGGCCCCGUUUUUGAAGGGGGCACAAAGUCCCCCCAACAGUCUAAGCGGAGGCUUUGCUGCUGCCCCCCCCUCGCCCUCCUUUGGCUUCCCAGAGGCGGUGCCCCUCCUGCUGCCCCCUGGCGUCCUGUGCCCCCCAGUUGCCAGUGGGGCAGCCGUGGGCCAGGGCUGGUUCUGGGGGCUGCAGGAAGGGCUCAUGAAGGGAGGCAGGCUCCUCUCUCUCUGCCCUCCUGCCAGGGAAGCCUCCUGGGUGGCUCCAGGUGUGUCUGUGGGAGGGAAGCCGUCCGGCCGGUUUUGCCAGGAGCUCCUCUCAGGCGAGCGAGCAAAGGGGGGGGGGGGCUGGGAACCAUCACCAGCAGCAGAGACCGGCGCAGGUUGCGACAGGCCCAGCAGUGCAGGCCGGGGCAGGAAGAGGCCUCCCCCCACAGGGCAUGACGGGAGGCCUGGCGAGAGCCGCGCUGCGCCGACACCAAGGAAGCGCCUUCUUCCCCCGCCAUGGCUCGCCGGUCGCAGAGCUCCUCACAGGGCGACAACCCCUUGGAUCCCAACUACCUGCCCCCCCCACUACAAGGAGUACUACCGGCUGGCCCUGGAUGCGCUGACGGAGGAUGGCCCGGAGGGCUACCAGCGGUUCCUGGCCGAGGAGGGGGCCCCGGACUUCCUCUGCCCCUCGGAGAUCAAGCAUGUCACCCAGCACCUUCAGAAGCCACAGUAUUCCAGCCAGGAGGGCAGUGGCGGUGGCGAUGGGGAGGGCGGUGGUGGCGACAGCAGCGGCAGCAGGGGCUCCAAACCCCACGAUACGGACAUGGAUGGCUCUUCAGGGACAUACUGGCCCAUGAACUCCGACCUGGCCGUUCCGGAGCUCGACCUGGGCUGGCCGAUGGUCUUUGGGUUCCGGGGGACAGAGGUGACCACCCUGGUGCAGCCCCCACCGCCCGACAACCCCAGCAUCAAAGAGGAGGCACGGCGUAUGAUCCGGGCUGCGCAACAGGUGGUGGCCAUCGUGAUGGACGUCUUCACGGACGUGGAUCUCCUGGCUGAAGUGCUGGACACAGCUGCUCGCCGAGUCCCCGUCUACAUCCUGCUGGACGAGAUGCAUGCCCCACUGUUCCUGGACAUGGCCGCCAAGUGCAGAGUCAAUCUCAACUAUGUGGAUUUCCUGAGAGUCCGCACAGUCUCCGGCCCCACCUACUACUGCCGCACGGGGAUGUCCUUCAAGGGUCAUGUCAAGGAGAAGUUCCUGCUGGUGGACUGCAUGGUGGUCCUGAGCGGCAGCUAUAGCUUCAUGUGGUCGUAUGAGAAGAUCCACCGGAGCAUCGCCCACAUCUUCCAGGGGGAGCUGGUGGCCAGCUUUGACGAGGAGUUUCGCAUCCUGUUUGCCCAGUCAGACCCUUUGGUGCCCCCAGCCAAUGUCCUGAUGAAGGCGGCGGACACCCCGCUGGGUCCAUAUGGGAUGAUGCCCUUCGGGAACCACCCAACCUUCUUCCCCAAGAAGCCCUCCCUGCUCUUCCCACAGGAGGAGACCCUCUUCCCUCCCUUCAUGGACAGGAUGGACCCGGACCGGUACUUCCUGUCCUCCUUCCGCAGGGACGACGCAAUGCGCCACACACUGGAGGGCUCAGCCAUGCGCAUGUACGCCAAGAAGCUGGAGAUGGAGAACGCGCCGCUGGAGCCGGGCCGGGGCUUCCUCCGGACCCGGCAACUCGAGCUGGAUGCCUUCAAGCGGCACAGCUUUGCCGAAGGCACCUUCGAGAACUACUCCUCCUCCAAACAGUUUUCCAGGCAGAUGUUCAUGAACAAUCUGGAUGAAUUCAAAGUCCAAUCCAGCCAUUUCCAGAAGGACCAGUUCUAUCAGUACCAGUUUGAGCACCCGCACGGUGGGCCCAGGCCCCAAGGCCUCUUUGAGAGGAUACGGGGAGGGCGCCCAGGCUUCACCGAUCUCCCGGAGGAUUACGUGGAUGGCUUUCGGUACCCUGAGCUGGAGGCCGGCUUCCCUCAAGAGAGCUUCCCGCUGCGGCUGGACUACGUACCAUCCAACUCCUCCAAGGAAGUGCGGCACGGCUCCGAGCGCCUGAACCCCGGGGGGAACGGUCUGCUUGGGCUGCCCUCACUCAGAAGGCAGAACAUGGGGCAGAAGUUCCUCUGCCAGACGUCCCCAACGCAGAAGCAGAGCCUGGAGCAGAGGCUCUUUCUCCAGGACCAAGACCUGGACGCGGAGCAGGACAAGAAGGCCCAAGAGCAGCGGGCGGGACUGCGCAACUGGAGGAUCUCCUCGUACUUGAGCGGAUGCCAGUCUGAGGCGGGAGAGGAGGGCCUCCCCGCACCUAUGGAGCCAGAGGGACACAGCGAGGGGCUGGGCCCCACGGCAGAGCCACUCACCAGGUAUCCCAGCAACCUCCUCUCCUCCUUCAAAGCCCCACUGCCUCUUGCCAACACCAAGGACACUGAAAGACUGGCAGAGGAGGCCCCGGGGGGGAGGCAAGACCCCUUCCGGAGCAGGAUAAACCCCCUAAUCCAGAGGACCUCGCGCCUCAGGUCUUCCCUCAUCUUCAGCGCUGCCAAAUUAGAUCAGCCAAAUGCUUCAGCUGAAAAAACACUCCAGAUGGUACAGAAAGAACAAAUGACCAGCGAGACCACAAAAGACAGUGAGACUAUAAAGACCUCCACCUCCAAAGUGGCCGAGUUGCUUGAGAAGUACAAGACCGUGGGCAGAGACUCCGCCGAAAACACCACCGUCAGCCAAACCAAAGCCAUGUCUGCUUUCCUCCAGGAAGAAUCCCAAAGUGCAGAGAAGAGGUGCACCAAGUCGGUCCAGUAUAAGAUUCUGGAGAGCAGAGUGGUGGACUCCAAAGACACUUUCCACAAUUACAAGUUGCACGCAGACUCAGAGGGGCAGUUUGGGGUGUCCCCCUCGGCCGGCCAGCUCACAGAUGGACUUGGCAAAGACCCCGUAACACAGGUCAGUAGUCAGAUGGACAAGCUGUCUUCUCGAUUCUAUCCAAUAGACAACAAGCCCAGCCUUUCUGAGAAGGAAAGCCUCAUUUUUGUCGGGGAAACCCAGAAACUCGGUGUCCCAGAAAGGAAGGAGAAACUGUCCUUGAAAGGUGAUGCUCACGGCCCACCUGAAGCCGAAUUCAAGCAGCUGGCCACGGCACAAAUGAGCAUCCCUCCAGCCCCAGAAAGCCCCUCCAAGAGCCACGAUCCAGCCGAGGGCUCUCCCGCCAGGACAGAAGAAGAAGGCAGCAAGCAGGAACCGAGUCCGAGGGAGUUUUUUAGGAAGGGCUCCCUCCGGCUGAAGCAACUGCUGAGUCCCAAAGGAGAGAAGAAGCCCGACGAAGACCUGGACCCGGAGAGCUGGAAGUCGGAAAGGCAGAACGCAGGCAGCGGCAAGAGGGUCUCCAAGGGCGAACACCCGGAGGCAAUCGAGGAAGAGAAGCCGGCCAAGGCGACCCUGCCAGCCCCCAGCCCAAAGGGGAGCCAGCCGGGGUCUCAGGCCCGGUUUCCCUUGUCCACCGCCAACGUCCUCUACAGCAGCAACCUCCGUGACGACACCAAGGUGAUUCUGGAGCAGAUCUCCGCCAACAGCCAGAAGAACCGGGCCGAACUGGGCCGGCAUCUCCCCGGGGCCGGCAACCCAGAGCUCUCCAAGUCCACCACCAGCUUGGACUACAAGGGCGAAGAGAGAGGCUCUGGAGGGAUCAGCCGGUCGGAGAGUUUCGGCAGCCACAGGCGCCUCCUUCAGAAGGACCAGCACCCCGAGGACCGCGAGUCCCUCCUCAAACGUAUGGAGAGCAUGCGGAAGGAGAAGCGGGUCUACAGCCGCUUCGAGGUCUUCUGCAAGAAGGAGGACCAAGGCGAGGAGGACGGAGAGAUGGAUGCCAAAGACAAGAAGAUGGGCAAGUUCAUGCCCAAGCUCCUGGGAACUUUUAAAACCAAAAAGUGACCUUGGCACCUCGCUGCCUCUCUGCCUGGGAACGCCUUCUCUCACGGGAGAGACUCUACUGUGGGAGGCCCCACGAAAUGGCUGCAGGAUGGGCACCCGGGCGCCAUGGAGGCGGUGGUAGGGGGGUCUGGUGGGGGGCAGGGGCCAGGCUGGCUGGCUCUGGACUGUGACCAACAGGCCCCGCAUUGAGCCAGAGUCCUUUCUGCUUGUGGGGAAGCAGACUGCUGCCAAGCCCCACUACGCUCCACCCGGGGAGAUGGCUGCGCGGGGUCUCCUGGUGGUGCCCCAGUCCUUCCUCCUCUUCCUCCUCCUCAGGACCAUGUAAUACACUGCCUCUUGCCCACGGCUCCAGCGGCCUCCUUGACCCACUGGCGCACCAUGUGCAGCUGGGCAUCCUUCACUGGGUUCAUUGGUGCCUUGAGGGGAUGGCAGUGGCCUUCAUCAGGGGACUCUGUGCUCAGUGGCGGCAGUGAUGUUGGCUGUGGCCGUGGAUGAUGAUGCCCCAUGGCAGAGGCCCUUGGGGUGGCUUGCAGCUGGCCAUUCCCCUCUGACCCUGGCUCUUUGGUGCCCUUCUGUCCCUGCCUCCUCGCUGGCUGCCCACCUGCUGCCAGGAAGCCUUUCAUUCCCUCCCCUUGCCCUUUGUGCCUUCGGCCUCCCUGUGUCCCUGGAGGGCCCUCUAUGGAGCACAGCCAGGGCGCCCCCCUGUGUUUCGGGGGGCUCUCUGGGGGUCCCUCCCUCCGCCCUUUGUGCCUUCGCCGCCCUCCCUCGGUUGGGUCCCCUGGCAAAAGGCUGGCCGGGGGAAGGGGCCCCCAGCAGAGCCAGGGUGCCUGAGGGGGCUCCCCAGUUCCCUUCUGCGGGGCCUGGCUUUCCCUGCCGGCCUCCCCUCCAAGCCCCGACCGGGGCAGGCCCUGCUGAGCUUCCGGAUUCCCCUUCCUUCCGGUGGGGGCGGGGCUUCCUUCCUUGUUUCCGGCGGCCGGCGAGGCAAUAGCGAGAGAGAAUAAAGGCGCAACGUUUCAGCCGACGCCCGACUCCGAGUGUUUCUUUCUCGAGGGGGCGGGUCCCUCUGGCUCCUCCCACUUCCAGAGCCUUCCGGGGGCGGGGCUUCCGGUUCCCUUCCCUUCGGCGUUUCCAUGGCAGCGGCGUCCUUCCUCCUCUUCUUCCCCGCCGUUCUCUUUCGGGCGCCAUGAGCGGCGGAAGAAGCGGCUUUGGCUGCGAGGCGGAGGUGGAGGCGGCGGUGGCGCGGCGCUACCAGAUCCAGCGGCGCCUGGGGAAAGGGGUGCGGCCGGGGAGCCGGAGGAGGAGGAGGGCUGGAGGGAGGGCCGAGGCCCCGCUGCCCCUCCGCUGACGGCGCUGUCUCCCGGCUCCUAGGCCUACGGCGUCGUCUGGAAGGCGGCGGAGCGGGCGAGCGGGGCCUCCGUGGCCGUCAAGAAGAUCUUCGACGCCUUCCGGAACCGCACCGACGCCCAGCGGACCUUCCGCGAGGUGGCCUUCCUGCAGGAGUUCGGCUCGCACCCCAAC